AUGUCCGCGGUCGGUACUCACCGACUUUUCAUGUUAGUCGACUACCACUACGCAUUCGCUUUGACUAGAUUCAAAGGUGCUAAAGGUAGGGUAUUAGGGUGCAGCGUGGCGCUGCACGGGGGGUGGGGGCGGGCGCCGGCGCCCGCGCACGCCGCCACCACGCUGGUGGGCGGGCUGGUGGCGCCGCCGCGGGAACCUACCACGGCGGCAGAAGCCUUCUGGAAGAUGCCACACAAAGAUGAGCUGAUGCAUAGCGCGGCAAUGGGCGGCGGAGCCCUAUUUGGGUGCUCCUCUGCCGGCCACAGUGGGAUCAAUCAGUUAGGAGGGGUAUACGUGAACGGCAGGCCAUUACCCGACUCUACGAGGCAGAAGAUUGUAGAGCUCGCACACUCUGGCGCCCGGCCUUGUGACAUCAGCAGGAUCCUGCAGGUCUCCAACGGCUGCGUGUCCAAGAUACUUGGCAGAUUAUCACGGAAUAUGCAGUACUAUGAGACGGGGUCGAUAAAACCCCGCGCUAUCGGAGGCUCAAAGCCGCGGGUGGCCACCACUCCCGUAGUGCAGAAGAUAGCCGACUACAAACGAGAGUGCCCUUCGAUCUUCGCGUGGGAGAUCAGAGAUCGUCUGCUGAGCGAGAACGUGUGCAAUAACGAUAAUAUACCCAGUGUAUCAUCAAUCAACCGAGUGCUAAGGAACUUGGCGUCUCAAAAGGAGCAGGCUGCGUCUGCGCAGAAUGACAGCGUGUAUGAAAAGCUGAGGAUGUUUAACGGUCAGGCAGCCACGGGAUGGUGGUACCCAGGCCUGCCUACCGCUCCCGCCGCGCCAACGCUACCUGCACCACUCCCACCACAGCUAAAUAGGCCGAAUACUGAAGAACAUAAGAGGGAUACUCUGCAAUCGGAAGCCGGGUCAGAUGGCAAUAGUGAGCAUGCGUCAUCAGGCGAUGAAGACUCGCAGAUGAGAUUGCGGUUGAAGAGAAAGUUACAAAGAAACCGGACCUCCUUCACAAACGACCAAAUCGAUAGCCUUGAAAAAGAGUUCGAGCGCACGCACUACCCGGACGUUUUCGCGCGGGAGCGGCUUGCUGAAAAGAUUGGAUUGCCUGAGGCACGUAUCCAGGUAUGGUUCUCGAACCGGCGAGCGAAGUGGCGGCGAGAGGAAAAGCUACGUAGCCAGCGCAGAGACGCGCCCGCCUCGCCGCCCGCACCGCCCGCCCGCCUGCCGCUGAACGGCGGCUUUAACUCCAUGUACAGUCCUAUACCACAGCCUAUUGCUACUAUGAGUGAUACGUACAGCUCUAUGUCUGGCGGACUAUCCUCUUCAUGUCUGCAGCAACGUGACAGCGGCUAUCCCUACAUGUUCGGGGAUGUGCUCGGGAGUGGAGGCUACUCGAGAGCGCCGGCGGCACAUCAGCAACACGCUGCCUAUUCACAACCCCAAGCCGCUGCCAGUACCGGUGUGAUAUCGGCGGGCGUGAGCGUGCCAGUGCAAAUACCAUCGCAGGGGCCGGACCUCGCGUCCAAUUACUGGGGACGGCUUCAG